AUGGGCUGUGUAUCAUCCACCGCUCGAUCCGAAGUGCCUGAGGUGCAGCAGGUCGUACCCACCAAAGGAGACUUUUGUGCCAAAUCCAUUACUACACUCCGCCUGCGUGACCACUUCUGGGACUUUUCAAACGAUGAAGACUUUGUUAUUUGCGACGCUGAAUGGAAUGAAGAAGUCUUUCGUAUUCGAGGCACGACGUCUACUAUGAAGACGUUAAGAGACCCUCUGCGCACGCCACUUGUACACAUAAAGCGCGAUCUUAUAGCAUCUGAACCCACUUAUAAUGUGUUUGAUGCCAGGCCAUCAGCGACUAAGUUGUUCUGCAUCAAGGCACUGCCUGAACUCAAAUUGGAAUUUCAAAACCCAACCACAGGCAAGAAGUGUCGAAUCGGCCUCACUGGAAAUUGGGCCAAGCGUGAAGCUUCGUUCUGGAUGGUACAAGGAAGCAAAGGAUCGCGCACAACCAUUGGUCGUGUCUUCCGACCAGCCGGCAGUCGCAGCUCGGCUGCCACUACGCGCGACUCAUUUAGUUCCAAUAUCAAGCCGAACGAAGAAUAUCUUUUGGCAAUCACAGUAGGGAUUGACAUGACGCUCAUGGUGCUGGUCUGCAUUGCUUUAGAGCAAGCAUAUAGUGAUACUUGGUGA